AUGGGCCCCAAAUCUGAGCGGAACGUGCUGAAGGUUAAGAAAGGACAUGUGAAGGUUCAGACAGAAAGAAGACUGCAAGGUGCCGAGAACAUAGUGAAGGCAAAAGGUCAUGGCAUGAAGGGGGCCUAUCAAGUAGCCAGCUCUAAUAAGGAUUUGAGUGCGGCGGUGGACAAGUUGAAGGUUCAGUUUCUGGGCAACAACUUCGAAAGCCUCUCGCGACAUCAAGUGAGGGGAGGUGAUGAAGACAACGUAUUUCCACUGUCUCACACCUUAGUGGAGAAGGUGGCCGCGUGUCUGAAGGCCUCAAACAUGAAAUCAGGGGAUCAAUACCUGAACGAGCUGAAGUUGAGGCAUGUGGAAGAAGGACAUGACUUGCCGCCGUGGUUGAUCAGACCGUUCAGCAUGUGCAAGAAAGCGUUGACAAGGUGCAAGGGUCCGACCAAACGAGCUUUGGAAGCGAAGCUGGAGGGCAUCAGUGAUGACGCUUGGGCGGCAACAAAACGAAAGGCAGGGGAAGGCAUUGAUCCGAUCGAAGCCAGCAACUGCAAAUGGGAACAUGUGCGUGCUGAUGGGCAAGCGAAGCAGGUGUCGCUCAAUAUACCCAUAUCCAAGAUGGACCAGAGUGCCUUGGGCGUCAAAGGGACGUUGCAGUGCUGCGGAGAAUCACCGUGCUCACGCUUCUGUGCAUGGGGAGUGUGGCAGAUUUUGGUGAGCGCAGUGCCACAAGAAAGGCACCGCAAGGGUCACAUCUUUGUGGAUGAGAAGGGCAACAAACUGACCAGAGCAAAAAUGAUAGAAGGGUGGAAGAAAGUGACUGGCAAGGAUGUGACCGGGCAUUCAGCCAGGAGAAGCGGCGCCAUGGAGUACAUCAGAAGGGGAUUGCAAAUACAAGAACUAGCUUUCCUAGGAAGAUGGAAGUCUGCAGUGGUGUUGACCUACGCGAAUGAUGCGCUGCAGGACGCCCCAGCAAAUCGAAACAUCCCUGGGGAGGCUAGAGCCUUGGUGAUAUCUUGCCCCAAAACUCCAUGGGGAACAAUCCCUUGCCCAAGUACGCCUUGCACACCAGCUCCCAACACUCCAUGCGGAAGACAGUUUCACGAACAAGUUGAAGGUGAUGUGGAGGUGACAGAAAACGCCCCCAAAGUGGAAACCCGCAAUUUGUGGGUAGCGUCAUGCGACACUAGAGGUGGACGAAGAACGUGGCACAGAGUCACAAAGGCUGGUUGGCAGAUAGCCAUGAGCAACUGGAACACAGCAUACGGAUGGAAUUUCACCCGGAACCCCGAGAAGGUCAUGAUGUCAGCAUCGUUGCAAGUCAAUCAGAGCAAAUGCAGAAAGUGCAUAGAAGUCAUGAAGACCCGCGACGUUGUCAAGGUUGGAGCAAUGCCAGGGAAGCUCAUCCAGUGUCUCAAGUCCACGGAGUGCUCGAAUCCUGUUGUUCUCAUUGAUGAGAUUGACAAGUUGGGUCGAGACAUGCGUGGAGAUCCUUCCUCUGCUUUGCUGGAGGUUUUGGACCCGGAGCAGAAUAGCAGCUUCAGGGAUCAUUACCUAGAUGUGCCUGUGGAUCUGUCCAAUGUACUCUUUCUGAGUACGGCCAAUGUGCUGGACACCAUCCCAGGCCCUUUGCUGGAUCGGAUGGAAAUCAUCCGCCUUGCUGGCUAUGUCUAUGAAGAGAAACUAGCCAUCGCCAGCAAGUACCUUAUUCCUCAAACAGAGGAGCAAAGUGGCAUUGGAACAGAGCGCCUCAACCUGCAGGAAGAGGCCCUUCAAAAGAUGAUCAAGGACUAUGCCCGGGAGGCCGGCGUGCGAAACCUUCGUCAACUUUUAGAGAAGGUCAGCCGCAAGGUCGCACUGGACUUGGUCCGAAAGAACAAAUCCACAGAUGUCGACCAGGCAAUUUUAAUCGUGCUAUUUUUCUCUGCGGACAUCAUCUUUGUCGUAUCGCGGGUGCUCUUGCGGCCACAGUCCUCAGGUGACACCAUUGCGGACCUAGCUCUGCUUGCUGGACGUGUAUUGGGUUCUUUGAUCCUGGCUGCUGUGGCUUUGCGCCUUGCACUGGGACACUGGCCUUGGAGAAAAGCUUCUAAUGGCAUCAGAGAAGUGACUCGGGAGCUCACACGUCAGAUUUCAGGUGAGCGACGGGAGACACCGUUGUUAGACAGGGGCGACAACGAAAGCAAUAGCAGCUCUCAAGCUGCGGUGGACCAACUCAAUGCCGAUGCUUCAAGUCGCCAGCAGCAGCUGAAAAAACUGGAGCGAGGAGAAUACUGGUCAAAAGUGCCACUUGUUGUCCUCUACGUGUUCAUUGCAGCCUGCUCCUUGCGCGUUGCAAUUAAGGUGGUGAGCUUGGACACCGCGGACUUUCGGAGCACAUUUUGGGUUAUCAUCGAGAUCCUGGGACUUCCAAUCAUGCAGCUGGAGUACGUCCUGGUUCAAAGUUUGGUUUAUGACAAGAGCUCGGGAGAAGGCAUUCUACUACCAGGAAUACAUGAGCACAUGCUCUACUGGCAAGAUGCGGAAAACAAAGGAGCCGUGAUGGCGACCAUGGAGGAGAUCGUGGCGCAGAUCCAGACGUUGCGGCAGGAGCUGCAGGAGAGCCGAAGGAGAGAAGAGGACCUGAAUACCAGACUCCAGGCAGUGCAAGCUUCAGGAGCGGUUCAGGCAACUUUGGAGGAGAUGGUGAACACGCAGAAGGCCAUCUUGGAAGCACCUAAGAAGCCUGACAGGAAAUUGACUUUGGUAGACAACCGCGGGUUGGCAAAACCAAACAACUAUGAUGGAAGUGCGGAUUUCUUGCAAAGGAAGAUCCGACUUGAAGCGUUUGUGGAGUCAGUCCAUGAUGACUUUGGGAAAGCUAUGGCUUGGGCGGAAGAUGAGACCGACCCAAUCAGCACCUCUUCAAUGACAGCCGAGUUUGGAGACGUCAAUCCUGCUCAGGAGGCAAUCCCAGACUUGGAAGCCAAGGAUGCGCAGCUUUACGCGGUCCUUCAGACGCUCUGCGAGAAGGAAGCGUUCACGCUGGUUAGAAGCUCAGGGAAAGGAAAGGGCUUAGAGGCUUGGAGGAGACUUUGCAAGAGGUAUGACCCGUCGACAGGGGGACGCCGACGAGCGUUGCUCCGUAGCGUGCUCAGUCCUAACCGUUGUGGCAAGGUGGAAGAGUUGAGCGCAGCGGUCGAAAUCUGGGAAGACCAGGUUAGACAAUACGAGAAUCGACGCAAAACUGAUGGCACCAGGCCAACGUUGGAUGAAGACAUAAAGAUAUCGAUCUUAGAGUCGAUUUGUCCGGUCGAGGUUGAAAGGCAUCUUCAACUUAAUCAGGCACGAUUUGCCGAUUACCAGGAGGUACGCAAAGAAUUGUCGACCUACUUGGAAACGAGGAUCGGGCUGAAGCUCAAGGCAGGUUCGUACGUUGACACCGGAGGAGUCCAGCCAAUGGACAUUGGAGCCUUCGGUAACGACAAAGCCAAGAAGGUUUGUCACAACUGCGGAAAGCCAGGUCACUUCAAGUCCGACUGCUGGGCACCAGGUGGAGGAAAAGCUUCUUCGCAGGGAAAGUCUGGUAAGCAAGGAAAAGGGCAGAAAGGCGGUCAGCAGUCCAACUCAGGUGGAAAGAAAGGAUCUCCGAAAGGAUCGAAAGGAGGAAGCAAAGGAGGUGGAAAGACCACCAAAGGCAAAGACAAAGGCAAGGGAAAGAACAACAAAGGUAAAGGAAAAGCUAUGGGCAAUGUUGAGGCUGAGAAGGAACCAGAAGCUGAGGAGCAGGCCGGGUCUUGGGAUGCCAGUUUAUGGGAAGGUCAUGAUGAAUCCGGUUGGAACAACUGGACUGAAGGCGGUCAGGGCUCAAGCCUGGAGGGUAAUUACCUUUCUCUAGGCGCGUUGCACCGUCCCGCCAUGGUGACCAAGCGGCAUAGCGAUUCCGAGAGCCGCUCGGGACUUGCUGACAGCUUGGUUGCAGCACUAAGGAACCUCCCGCGUGGCACAGAUGCCGGGUUGCGAGACUCUGGAACUGGUUCUUCCGGAGAUCGCUCGGUCGAUAUGAUGAUGAGGUUGAUCGACGAGAACUACAGGCUGCGUGACCAACUGAGGGCCCAAGGUGACCGAGAGCAGAGAAGCUCAGAACGUGACAGGGCCAGAAGUGAAAGCAGCGGCAGGAACAGGGAGUUGGUUGACAGAACGGCCACUCCGAAGAAUGCCGCAAGGCGCAAGAGCGAGACUCCAGCGGCCAGUGACAGAACAGUCAGCCGAACCCCAAGGGGUAGCGUUGGCGACUACUUGAAGAGUAAGGCCGCGAAGCCAAAGCCCAAGACGAACUCAGGGCUCACCAGCGGUUCACUCUCGGUGCUUCGUGGCACACUUGCCACGCAGCUGAUGCUGGAUGCCGAGAAGACCAAUGACCCCGAGUUGAAGAGGGAACUUGAGCGCCAGUACUAUGCGGAUGUCGCGUCUGGCAAGGCGCACCACAUCGCUUGGAAGAACGAGAAAGGCCGCCGUAGAGCCAUCUUAGACCGUAAAGAUGGUGUCAUUGACCGCGCCAGGGAGCGCAUGCGCCUGGAUGCGGAAUGGCAUGAAGAGCACGCUCAGCUGAACUCAGGUUCCAAGAAGCAAGAUGUGGAAGGUCUUAAGGCCGAUGUGGAGACCGAGAUCAUCGACGAGAGGGAGCGCGACAAGGAGAAGGAAGGUCGAGACCGUGACCGACGACACGGAUGGGAUCCGGAAGAAGAUGAAGACGAUGGUGGUGGUGACACUGAGAGUAACAGCAACUACCUCAGUUCGCUCUUGGCUCCUCUGGGUGGAUCGCCUGGAGAGCCACACGUGGUGGAAGAGCGUGAUGGAUGGAGGAAGAUUGAAGUGAAUCUGGACACGGGAGCCGCCGCGACGGCGAUCCCGACAGACUUGAACCUGGAUGGACAUGCCAGGACCCCACCACAGGACGUCAACUACAAGACGGCGUCAGCAGAGUGCCUUGCUGACGAAGGUGGUGUAGUGCUCAAGGGCACAGAUGUCUACGGAAGUGCCAAGGUGUUGGAAGGGCGUGUGACAGGAGUCCACCGCACUUUGGCGUCAGGCGCAAAGGUUGCGCGACAUCACUAUAUGGCGCUGGGAGCACAUGGAGGUCAACUCAUUCCCAGGAACUCCCAGGCUGGAAAGGAAUAUGCAGCCUUCAUGGAGAAGCUGCACAAGAAGCACAAUUGCAUGACACCUGUCAAGGUCCGCAAUGGGAUCUAUUUGAUGGACUUUUGGAUCGCACCGGGCACCUCGGAAGGCUCUUUUCACGGGCCUCCCGAACGGGUGUAA